AUGCAGACCUUCUCCGUUCUCGCUACUGUUAUCGCGGCCCUGAGCGGCUCCGCUGUCGCCCUGCCCAGCCAAGCCUGCCCUCCCGGCCCCAUCCGCCCAGAUGGUGUUCCCGGUUGCCCUAGCGGCCAGUUCAUCUGCGCCUAUGAACUGCGUGAUAGACUCAUGGUCUACACAGAGGAGCAGCUCGGAUGCCUCGUCGAGAACGCCCAAGCCGACCCCAGCCAGAUCAACAUCGACGGUCUCUACCAAUGCACUACUACCGACCCCAUCUGGAUCCACGCUUGCAACAACGAGUCUGGAGUCCCUGAUCAGGGUAAAUGCCAGGGCCGUCCCGACCCUGGCCCCAUUGCUAUGUGCCGGUUUGGCCCCCCUAACUAG